AGGAGUCCGGGCAGUCUGAGGGGGGACAGCAUGUAGUUUGUUCAAUGCAGACUGUGUGACUCAGAACAUUUAGACCUCUGUGCUUCUUAUUCAUCUGGAAAAACAAACCGUGUUGUUAACACCCGGCCGACAUCAUGUUCAUGCGCGGAUCUAAAAAGCGACGAUCCACCCGCUUGCAGGAGGAAGAGGACCCGGACAGAGGGCAGCCCUGUAUGCGCUGUGGGGACCAGUGCCCCGGCUUCCAAGUCCACGGCUGGAGGAAGAUCUGUGUUCACUGCAAGUGUGUGCGAGAGGAGCAUGCCGUGCGCUCGGUGCCGGGCCAGCUGGAAAAGAUGAUGACGAAGCUGGUUUCAGACUUCCAGAGACACUCCAUCUCCGACGAUGACUCGGGCUGCGCCUCCGAGGAGUACGCAUGGGUCCCACCUGGGCUCAAGCCCGAACAGGUAUACCAGUAUUUCAGCUGCUUGCCGGAGGACAGGGUGCCUUAUGUGAACAGUUCAGGGGAGAGAUACCGAAUCAAACAGCUGCUGCACCAGCUUCCAGCCCACGACAGCGAGUCCCAGUACUGUAACACUCUGGACGAGGAGGAGAAGAAGGAGUUGCGUGUGUUCAGUCAGCAGAGGAAAAAAGAGAACUUGGGCAGACUUGGGCAGACUGGAGCAAUCUGCCAACAGGUAGAGCAACAUUUUUAUUUUAUGUCAGACUUCUUCCCAGUAACUAUGACUGGAGCAAUCUGCCAACAGUGCAAGAGGCAGAUCUGCGGUGGAGACAUAGCGGUGUUUGCCAGUCGGGCGGCACACAGCAGCUGUUGGCACCCCCAGUGUUUCCAGUGCACCACCUGCAGUGAGCUGCUGGUCGAUCUGAUCUACUUCUUCCAGGAAGGACAGAUCUACUGCGGCCGGCACCACGCCGAGAGGCUCAAGCCGCGCUGCCAGGCCUGUGACGAGAUUAUUCUGGCAGAUGAAUGUACGGAGGCCGAGGGCAGAUACUGGCACAUGAAGCACUUCUGCUGUUUUGAGUGCGAGGCUGCGCUGGGCGGUCAGCGUUACAUCAUGAGAGAGAGUCGACCGUACUGCUGCUCCUGCUACGAGUCGCUGUACGCAGAGUACUGCGAUACCUGCGGAGAACACAUAGGUAUCGAUCAGGGUCAGAUGACAUACGAGGGUCAGCACUGGCACGCCGUGGAGUCCUGUUUCUGCUGCGCCCGCUGCCAGCUACCUCUGCUGGGGCGUCCCUUCCUCCCUCGAGGGGGGCUCAUCUUCUGCUCCCGGCCCUGCUCGCUGGGCGAGGACCCCGAUAACUCCGACUCCUGUGACUCAGCACUGCAGAGCAAACCGCCUCAUCACAGACGCAGCGAGACAGCAGAGAAACUCCAGCAGCCACAGUGCGGCUCUCCGCUGCAGCCACUAGAGGGGGUCAAACCUCCUAUAACUCCUGCAAAAGACUGCAUUCAUACCGCAGUGGAAAACAGAGGUGUCCGCUGCACUGCUCCAGUUCAAAACGGACUUCCUUCGCCCGGUGGUCAUCCUCAUCCAAGAGGCUCCUACUCACCUCUUCCCCACAUCCAUCUAGGAAACGGCUUAGGUCCAUCUUGGCCCAGCGACCUUCCACAUUACAGUUUACUGCCGGGGGACUCUGGUACCAAACGUUCUGUUGGUGAUCUUCAGUUCCAGGGAGAGCUUAAUGGAAAUACUGGACUAACUGGCCUUAACUCAAGGGGAACCUCUACUAAAGACUGCAGGAACUGGGUGGAAAGGACCAAUAAAGUAAUGCAAGUGUUUCCUCCACAGAAAAACUCUCACCUCAUUUCACCCGACUCGCCCCCCCUCCAGCCCAGCAACCCAUCCAUCCUCCCGCCUCCUCUGCCUCUUAAGUCUCGUGAGCUGAUGCCCCUGGACUCACCCCCACCAAACCUCCCCCAACUAGUGGACAGACCGUCUGAUUCUCCGCCCCCGCUGUCUCGCAGUGGCACAGCUCGGGUCAGCUUCAGAGAACCAAUCAGCAGCAGCUACUCCGUCCAUGAGGACGAGGAUGAAGAGGAUAAUGAGCCGGAGCUGCUGGAGGGUAAGGAGAACCAGCAGGAGGAGGAUGAGGUGGAGGGAGGUUUCGGGAGCAAGUUGCAUCUACAGAAGGGCAUCCCACCGCAGAUGGAUCUACUGGAUGGAUCCUCUUACCAGCAGCGGAGUCUACGGCGAGGGUGGAACCGUUGCCGCUUUCCCUCUGACCCCGCUCUUCACCCGGGAUCAGAGAGGCGUUCCCGCCGCCCGCGGUCCGACCGGCCUCGGCUGGACACCCUGGACUGGAGAGGCGAGAAAGAGAGGGACAAGCGGGGCUCCGCCGUCGCCUCCUCGCUGACCCUCCAGCAGGGCCAGUACAAACAUGAAGACUCUUGCUCUACAUGCACUUCCUCCUCGGACUCAGAAGAAGAGGGCUUCUUCCUGGGACAGCCCAUACCUCUGCCCCCGCAGCUCCGAAAGCAGCAACCCGAGGAGGGCAAAGACAGAGAGGGAGACGAGGAGAGGGAGUCGCAGAGAGACUGGGGACUGAGAGGCAGCAUUAGGAGGAGACGAGCUCACAGCCUCAGUGCAAAAGACAAAGAUAAAAACUGUGCUAUCUCCUAACCCCUGACGUCAAAACAUAGCGUGGUUAUUUUCUAAAUUAUGGUUCACUAAUGGCCCCUCAUUACUCUGGUAUUCAUGCUGUUUAUCAGUUUUACGACAAGUUAAAUCCAACACACAUGUGCAGACUUUUCCACAUUUUUCCGGACUUACUACUCAGCAAAAGAAGCACAAUAAACCUCAGAAAGGUCACUUACUUUAACUUAACACUAUUGACUUCUGUUUGUUUGUUUGUUUGUUUGACUUUUUGAGAUGUUACAUUGUAGAAAAUGUGAAUGUAUGAAAGAAGUGAUAAAUGUGGAAUGAUUAUUGUUUGGAUUAUACUGUAACAUCCAAGAGAGACUCACUCCUGCGCCGCUGUUUAUUUAAACAAAUACUGCAUUAAGUGACAUGUCACUUCUUUUUAACAACGCCAUCAUUUACAUAUGCAAACAUACAGUAGCACACAUGAACAGAAACCAACAGCGCAUUCCUUUAUCGUGGUUUGUAAAAUAAAAUAUCAAAUAUAUCUUAUUUUUUAACCCUACUGUAACCAUUUUCUGUGCUCUUAUGUGCAAUUUCUUUAUAUGACUAUAAUAUAUUACAGUCAUGAAUACUAAAUGGCCAAAUACUAUGGGAUGGAAUAUGACGAACAAAUGAGUCGUGUCCAAAUGAAAUACCGCAAAGUUUCAUGUCUUUAAUCAAAAAAACACUUGUAUGACUAUAAGGUCAUUUAUUUUUAUAUAUUUGGUGUAGGUCGCUGUUCUUUCUAGUUUUAUCUCGGGUUAAAGGAAGAGAUUAUAAUUUCAGUGUCUGUUUCUCAUAUUGUG